GAAUCCUCGCAAGGCCUCAACAGCCUAAAGACACGCACCUUGGUCCAGUCUCCAUCUCUCGGCUACAUCCCUCUCGCUUUCCCUAUGGUACUCUCGCACCUGUCUGGCGCCGACACAUUCGAUAAGUCUAGCUCUGGUGAUACAUCUUUCGGCUCAAGCAAUGCUAGCUCUGUCGACGCUCCCGCGGGCUCUCAGUUUCUCGCUGGCUCUCAGGCUAGCUACCCAACGCUGUAUUCUGAACGCUUCGCCCCCACCGUACCCACUCUGCCAACGGACUACACGCAAGUGGACCUCACUGAAGCCGAGAGUCAACGCACCUUGAACAUGCUCUACCUCUCGCAGCUGCUCCUCGACGCUACGAACGCCCACGUGCCGCACCCGGCUACUACCACCGCCAACGACUCUGCGUAUCUGUCUGGGCUCGCACCUCUGUCGUUCGCGCCGUCGAUGCAGUCGCACUCGACCUCUGUACUGGGCACUGCUAGUAUGAGCCUUGUUGGACAGCGCGCGGGGUAUCUGUGGUAUCCUCCACCGCCGGUGGCAUUCAAGGCACGCGUGACGGAUCUGGCGCUGCUGACGAAAAGGAUUCGUGCGACGCACGACGAAAGCGCGGACGAGAGAAGCGUCGAUGGUGCGUGCAGACUUGGGUAAAUGCCGUCGUGACUGACGUGCCGCGUGUGCACUACAGGCAUGAAUGGUGAUGAUCGCGAGAAGAGCGCAUCCAAUGCGUCUCGUAUGUCCUCGACGGCUGCGGUCGCAGCUGAAGACGACGACUCCGAUGUCGAUGAUGAAGAAAUCCAGACCCCCACGGACGACCUCCCUGCGUUCAUUGGCGACUUCGACCAAUCGCGCAAAGCGGCGAAGACUACAGGC